AUGUUACAAGAAAUUAAGCCAUGGGAAUCAAAUUCGACAAAAUUUUCUUUACAAAUAGCGGAUAUAUGUCAUAAAAAAUUUAAAACCAUAGGCAAAAAUGGUAAACCAUUAGCUUUUCAAAAUAAUUCAGAAUGGACAGUACUUGCUGGUAUAGUUGCGUGUCAUAUAAAAGAGUCUGGAGAGUAUUAUCUUGAUUGUAUUUCACUUGGGAGUGGACUAAAGUGUCUUCCACAAAGUAAACUUUGUAAAACUGGCAAUUUAAUUCAUGAUAGUCAUGCAGAAAUUUUGACACGUAGAGGAUUUUUAAAGUUUAUUAUAGAUGAAAUGAAAUCAGUGCUGAACUCAGAAUCAACAUAUUUUUGUUUGAAUAAUACGAAUUAUCCACCAUUUAAAUUAAAAGAUAAUAUUACUUUUCAUAUGUAUAUAAGUCAGGCACCCUGUGGUGAUGCAUCAGUGACAAGUACAACUUUAAAUCAACCACCAGAGGAAGCAGAAUUAUAUAAUAAUUCAUAUAACAGAAAUAUUGAUUCUCAGAAUCAAAUCUUUAAUGAUUGUGAAGUUAAAGUUUAUAAUAUGAAAGAUGGAUUUCGGCGAGGCAGAAUUGAUUAUGAAUCUUUUGGAGUCUUAAGAACAAAGCCAGGAAGGAUUGAUUCCGAACCUACUUUAUCAAUGUCUUGUAGUGAUAAAAUUGCUCAAUGGAAUGUCGUAGGAUUACAAUCAGCCUUGUUAUCUGAACUGAUAUCACCAAUUUAUUUAUCAUCUAUUACUGUUGGUGAUAUGUUUUAUCUAGAAGAUUUAAAUAGAGCAUUAUAUGACAGAUUACAGGGUUUAACAAAUCUCCCUCAUGGAUAUUUGUUACAUCGACCUGUCAUAAUUCCUGCUUCAGAGAAAUUUGAAAGAUCGAAAAGUUAUCUAUCCGAAUGUUUACUAGAUAAAGAUUUGAUUCCAUCAAGUACAGCUAUAAUAUGGAUAAAAGGUUUUAAGUCAGCGGAAAUACUUGUAUCUGGAAAGAAACAAGGAACAAUUAAAUCCAAAACAACUAGUCUUUAUUGGUCUAAAGCUAGAAGUUUAGUAACAAAAUUAAGUUUAUUUCAAAAUCUUGAAAAUUUAUUGAGUCAAAUUCCCAGAUCAUUAAUACCGUAUGAUCUAAUUCAAUUUACAGAGCCAAAUUUACAAAAAAAUUUUACAUAUAGUAUGUUAAAAUCGACAAGUAAAAAUUAUCAAAAUGCUAAACAAGCAUUGAGAUCGCAAAAAUUUCACGAAUGGAUAAAAUGUCCAAGCGAAAUUUAUGAAAGCUUUAAUUUACACGUGAUUGCUGGAUCAUUCAUCCAUUAUUCUUGUUUUAAAUGGUUAACUGAAAAAAUGAGUGCGAGGGAAUCAAACGUCAUCAUUUAG